CGUGUAUUUGAAAUGAUAUCUAAUAUGUCGGCUAACACUUCCAUGCUUCACUGUUUACUUGGCACUCAUCGUUAUCAUCUUUAUGAAAAAAAUAAUCACCUCCACCCAUACCUUGGUUUCCCGCGGUGUUGACAGAAAGACAUCAAAGAUACCGACAAUUUCUCAUUGGUUAAAUGCGGCAAGCCGGGCUAGUCUAUUCUUACGGAAGGGGUCAAUAUUUGUUGCUAAGACGCUAUAAACAAAUGUCAAUACAUGACAUUACUCUAUAACGGUCACUAUUAUAUCUAUAUUUUAUUGUAUUGGCUUUCUGCCCCAUUUGUGGAAAAAAGUAUUAAUCAUGAAUUUAAAACCAUUAUCACGAAUGAACGAAACCAGCCAUAUAAAUCCUGUCCUCGCUCCCCCUUGUAAUAAAAUCUAUUGUCCGGUCGUGUAACGGUGUCACACGAGGUUCUCGGUAGUUGACAUUUGCUUAACGAAAAGAUGUCAGUCUUGAAAUACACUUCAGUUACGGUAAUUGGCAGUUUAGGAAUAAUGUUUUAAUUUGUGUCAUCAUGGCAGAAUAUACGGGUAAAGAUGAAGCAGUUUUACAAAAACUUCUUGAAAACUGUGCAGAGUAUCAAGAAAGAAGAAAGAUUCGAGCGGCAUUAAGAGACUGCAGACCUCAGAAAUAUUCAGAUCCACCAGCUGUGUUGAGAGGAAAUGGUGUCAAAGUCAGAACAUACAAUGAUCGAAAAGAUAAUGGUUCACAGUAUCGUGUGGACAACUCUACCCGAGGCAAUGAUAAAUUGUUGAAAGAUGCAAGUAAACAUAGGGUCGUUAACAAACCACCUGUAUAUGAUAGCACAUCUCGUCUUACAAGUCGGUUAAAUAACACAGGUAAUAUAAAAUCACACUUUCUGUUAACUUCCCCAAAAGCUCACCCAGAAAGCCUUAAAUCUGAUACCACAACUCUCCGAUCAAUACAAUUGCAUACAACGCCUCGUCGACAUGGCUCAAAAGAAUCUCAAGCACAAACAUACAAGCAAAAUGAAGCUGGAAGAAAUUUACUUAUGAACAAAAAAGUAGAUCAAUAUAGCUUACCAUCAGAAUCAAAUUAUUGGCUAACAAGUAACAAAAGCUAUAAUACAGGUCCAAAAUUGAGUGAUAUCUCAAAAUUGCCGGAUAAAUAUGAAGUCAAGAAAAACAACAAUUUGUCAGAUUCCCUUUCAAAUAGAAAUGCACUCUAUACAAAACGUCAGCCAGUUCGCAAUAAAGACAUCUUCACAAACGAUUGUAGUAAUAACGCGCAAGCAAAUAUCACACCCCUGCAACAAAGUGAAAAUACUAGAGCUCUUCCAAAUUAUCAGACCAUAGAGGAUCAGAGAAAAAUUUAUUUGGACAAAGCAUCUCCAAUUUCUACCAAUGAGAUCUCGCAAAGCCCAUCGUUUAUUCGUAGUGAGCCAUUAAGGCGGAGUCUUCCAAUUUCUGGAAAUGUGCCAUCAGAUGUAGCAGUUCCAAAGAAAGAACUAAAAUCAAACAUAAGAACUUCUUUACCAUUAGUUCAGCUCGGAAGCUCUGGUAGUUUUAAUUUAGAGUCCAGAAAUAGACCAGCAAGAAGAGUCUCUUUUGAACAAGGUAGCAAAGAUUUUGAGAUAAGUAAAGCUUCUGCACUAGAUAGUGAUGUUCAAGAUAAUAAAGACAAAAAGAGUUUUGAUGAUAUUGAUUCUGAAGAGGAGCUGAAAACCCUGUUGAACCAGACAACAGAUUUAAGUGAGAGAAAGAAGAUACGAUUAAGAAUAAAAGAUAUUAGAGAAAGGGAAAUUUUAGCCUCAAGAGAAAAGUCCUCCCUGGCCUCAAGAGAAAUUAAGGGUGAUAAUAAACAUGUGGAUUAUGAUAAGAUAGAAGAUACUGAGAAACUAAGAACAUUGCUGAACGAAACCUCAGACUAUGAAGAGAAACGCAAAAUACGCAGUGCUAUUAGACAGUUACGGAAACAGACAGAACUAGAGAAAGUGUCAACUAUUGCUAGUGCUCCUCAAAGAAGUUCUAGUUUAACAGUUCCAAAGAAACUAAGCAAUUCAGACAGCAGUAAUUUAAGCGAAUAUAGCCUUAACAGAGGCUUGUCACCUCAGCUUGGUAGAGUGGGUAGUGUUUGUGUGACACAGUUCUCGGCAAGAGGUGACAAUAGUACACUCAGAGCAGAUAGAAAAUUAACCAAUGACAGUAAGGUUAAGAGAGAAACAGACUCAUUAUUGUGUGUGAAAGAUAACAGACCAAAGCAGGAUAUUAGUAAAACAAACACUUUAACCUACAGAAGCGGCCGAAAGUCAAUUGAUGAAGACAUUAUAAAACAUGUUAAAAAAGAUUUGACAGCUUGGGACAGACACGAAGCAAAAAAAACUAAUCAUACGGCCAAGGCAGCAUCAUCGAAUAAGCCACUCACAAACGCUGACCGAAUAGAAAAAGACACACAAGAGAAAAAGUCAGUGUUGUCACAUGCGCAACAACAUAAAGAAACAUUUAUUCUGCUGAAGAAAAAAGUGAGGGAAAGUUUGUCUCAGAGUACUGAAUCGCUUCUAAAACUACACAAAUCAAGUGCUACCAAAGAACAGUGCGAUCAAAAUUUAAGGACAGAAAGCCCUAUUUCUGAAGAUGUGUUUAAAAGAGAUUUACUUGAAAAAUCUCGGAGACAUUCAGUGACUUCCAGUCCAAAUAAAAAGUUUGAUGAUAGGGAAAACACUUGUGCUGUAGAUGACAGUGUUGUGACACCUGUAAGGAAGCGUUCACGUGUAGAAAUGGAGCGAGCUUUCACAGAUAUAUUAAAUGACCUUGAAGUUAAGGCAGUUAAGUCUGCCGAUUUAAAGGAAAGUGAAAAUGAUGAGCAGUCAUUUAACAAUAUUAGUGUUUCAAGUGAAAAUAUUCAGCUUUUGAAUACAGAAAAUACGGAACUAUCAAACAAAAUGGAUGAAGUGAAUGGGAAUAGGGUAAUUACUACAUUAAAACCUAUUAUUUUCAAUGAAUGUACUACCCCCAUGCAGUCUAUGGAUGGAAAAGUGACGAGUGCUAUAACCAACAACAGUUUGAAGACGGAAGAAAAUAAUAAUACAGAAUUAAACGGACCCGGUUUAGAAACAAUCGAAGAAGAUAAAGACAUUCUCAUCCAGAAAAGAUCACCAGGGUUACAAUUACCAACAGAUAGUGUUGAAGAUGAAGCAGACGGCUGUGAAGAAACUGGUCAGAUCUCACCAUUGGUUUCAGAUUUACAGCCUAAAUCAUUCAUUCAAAAACGCUCCUUAAUCAGGAGUAAAAGUUUAAAUCUUCGUCCCACCUCACCAACAAACUGUAAAAUAGAUGUUCAAAGGGAAGAAGAUGGUACCAUCAAAGUACAACAAACCACACAAAGUAACAAUAAAAACAGAAUUGUUACCAUAACAACCAGAAAGUAUCAGACCCCUGAUGAAACAAAUGCAGAAGUAAGAGACACAGUGGUGGAAACCAAAUUCUCCUCCCCAGGAGGGUCACAAUUCACAGAAAGGGACGAAAUCCAUACCAAGAAACGUAUCACCUCUCGUGGAUCUAAUUAUUUUGAGCGUAGUGCUCUAGUUACUAAGAGAGUAAAGGAUAGGGAAGGAGGUGAAAUUAUUCAACAGGAUGUUACUGAUGAAAAAUCAAAUCAGUCGGUCACCAGUGGACUUUCUUGGGGGGAUAGAACUACCUCACAUAAGUUGGUUAGUAAGCGAGCACCAGAUACAGUUCCUAUGAUAGGAGAUACUAAGAAAUCCCAUGCCAUCUUGGUAUUGAAUAAGUUAAAUGUAUCUAAAGCCAGCAGUGGAUAUGGUAGUGUUUCUGGUUCAGAAGAAGAAGAUAAAGAAGACAUCUUGGAUGGGAAAAUUGAAAGACCUUCUGGUUGUCCGUCAAUUGUGAUGCCAUUAAAAGAUCUUGAAGUAACAGAGGGCAGUAAUGUCACCUUAGAAUGUGUUUUGAUUGGUUCACCCACGCCAGAAAUCACAUGGUAUCAAGAAAAAGAGCCAAUCCCAUCCUCUACAAAUUUUAUGAUUUUAUUUGAUGUAGAAAGUGGAAAAGCUUCGUUAAAUAUUACAGAUACUCCACUGAGUUGUAACGGUGUUAUCUCUUGUUUUGUUAAAAAUGAUCUUGGAGAAGCAGAAACAAAAUGUCAGUUCACAGUCAAAAAAAAACCUAAGCAUGCUCCAGUGUUUAUGGAAUUUUUGCAUGAUACUAAGGUGCCAGAAGGUCAUUCUACAACCCUGGUUUGCCGUGUUUUAGAGGCAGAAACUGUCAGUUGGUAUAAAGAUGGAGUUAUUCAGAAAAAUUCACCAGAUUUCAAGCAGACUUUUGAUGGAGAAUUUGCAAAGUUAGAAAUUGGUGAGGUCUUUUUAGAUGAUGUUGGAACGUAUAUUUGUGUAGCCAAGAAUGAUCUAGGUGAAAAGAAAACUUCGUGCAAGUUACGUGUAACAGCAUGCUCCUCCGAAACCAGUGUUGUGCCUAUGUUCCUAACUAGAUUGACCAACAAGUCAGUGCAGGAUGGAAGCCGUCUGGUGCUAGAGUGUGAUGUCAUUGGAACACCAGAACCAAAAGUCAUGUGGAUGAGGAAUGAUAGCAGUUUACCUGAUUACACUGAUUAUUGUGAAUCUUAUGAUGGUCGUCUGGCUAGAUUGGAGAUACCUGUCAUCACCAUUAAAGAUGCAGGCAGAUAUGAAAUUGUGGCUGAAAAUUCGGCUGGAAGAGUGUCUAUGGACUCCAUAAUAACAAUUCAAGCAUCACAAUCACCACCAACUAUAACUCAGCCAUUGUCUAACAAAACAGGUAGAGCUGGGGACAGAGUUAAAUUACAGUGUGGUAUAUUUGGUACCCCAAAACCCACCAUCACAUGGCGCAAAAAUGGCAUGGUGAUUGGACAGACCAAGGAUUUCGUCCAGUCAUAUAAUAGUAACAAUGUAGCUGCUCUAGAGAUUAGUGGGGUCUGUGAACAGGAUUCGGGCAGUUACGAAUGUGUUGCUACUAGUCCAGGCGGCGAGACAUCCUGUACAUGCCAACUUAUUGUAGAAGCAUCCACCAAUUCCCUUUUUUCAUCCUCCCCAUCACCAUAUAGUCAGACCAUCAUACAAGAACCACCACCCACAACUAUUUACCCUAGUGAUAAACCCAGUAAACCAUCUGUUAGUCAAUUACGCAUGCAGUUCCAAGUGGGCAGCAACCAAUCAGAAGCCCCAAAAUCUUCCAUUAGAAGAUGGCAUUCCUUACCUCCUCAAGAAAAUAAAUUUAGCAUCCAUAAGGGGGAGAUUAGCUCCCAGUCCCGAUAUACUGUCCGUGAUCCACCAGUUUCUAACUAUAAUACCUUCACCAUGAGUUCCUACGACCACAUAACCAAUGAAGAAGAACUUCAAAAAUUGAUGAAUGAAACAGAAAGUUUUGAUGAAAAGAAAAAGAUUAGAACCAGAAUAAGGACGCUUCAUGAAGAACAAAGAGCUGAUUAUGACAAGAAAAGGCGUGAGUUAGAACAAGAAAAUGAAAAAGCCAUGAGAAGAAAGUAUGAAAUAGCAGACGAGGAGAAGCAGAGGAAAAUGGAUGUCUACAAAAAUGCCCCACCUACUGGAGUAACUUCCACCAGUGGAACAAAUGUUUUAGCGGAUAAACAAAAAUUAGCAGAUGCAGAAAAGCAGAAGAAAUUGGAGGGGUACAGUCAGGUAGCAGAAAAAAAAACAGGUGCUGACGGGUCUAUUACUACUACAACUACAACUAUUACUACGGAAGAUAAAAAAACACAGGGAGGAACGUCCACCACAGUGAAGAAAACCACAUUAACGAAAACCUCUACACCAAUGGGAAUGUCAUAUGGUAAACAACCAGCAGAUCAAGCAGCUAAAGAACUGACCAAUAAGAUCUUAAGUAACUGUGGCUAUGGCACCAGUGGACAGAUCUCGGUGAAGACAGAAUCGUGGAACAGUAAAGAUGGUUUGGUAGAAAAAUCACAGAAAAAGGAAUCAUGGGGAGGAGGAACUAAAGGUGCUAUGGCUGCCUUCAAACAAAUGGAUAAAUCUUCUCCUGGACAGCUUGGAAAACCUAAUGCUGGUGGAGCGGCUAAGCCUAAUAUAUCUCGAAGCCCAAGUUCUAUAAAACAAGUCCUACUGGAAUGGGCUAAGGCUAUGACCAGAGAGUAUGAGAAUGUUGAGGUUACUAAUUUCUCUAGUUCAUGGAAUAAUGGUAUGGCCUUCUGUGCCUUAAUACACCAUUUCUAUCCAGAUUCUUUCGACUUCUCAAAACUUGACCCAAAGAAAAGACGAGAUAACUUUAACUUGGCAUUUGAUAAAGCAGAAGAGUUGGCUGAUAUUGCACCUUUAUUAGAUGUUGAAGAUAUGGUGAAAAUGAAAAAUCCUGAUUGGAAAUGUGUUUUCACUUACGUCCAAAGUUUUUAUAGAAAACUCAGAGACCAUGAAAGAAACAAAGCAGCACCAGCUUCUCUCCCUAAAACAGUGGAACAGUGAUGCGUCAUUCUAACUUUAUGCUUGUUACCAUAACAACUGAAGGAUAAGAUAGACAGUUGUUGUGUUUAAUAAUAUGCAAGACAUCUUUAAUGAAUUUUUUUACUUAUAUAAAAAGUGGUGCUAAAUCUAAAGUUGAUUUGAUCAUGAUCAGCAAAUUCAUAUUUCUUAACCUUUGGUUGCUAUGGUGACUGCAACCAUCAUUUCUACUUUAAUGGUGCCUGCUGUUUUUACUCUUUUAUUUUUAAAGCUGUUGAAAAUCUUCAUUACAUAAAUUAUUAUCAUAAACUCUUUUAGAAUAAACUAUUUAUACUUUGUGUCUUUUGUUUCCAUGUGAUGUAUUAUGAUAUAUAUCUCUUGUUUAUAAUGUAUAAUAGUUUUUAUAAACCAAAUAAAUAGUGACAGUCAAUAGUAAUAGGGCAGACUAUUAGUAUAUCUAUUUUAAACUGUAAUCAACCACAAAGUAACAAAGAUUUGUUCUCCUUCCUUGAUGGGAUUUUCAGAUAUAUGGAAUCAUUUCUAUGGUAUGACAGGGAAAGUGUUUCUAGUUAUAUAGUAAAGACAGAUGGGUUGUAUUCAAAAAAAAGUAUCUCGGCAAAUGGAUGGGCAAAAUGUAUAGUCUCAAAAUAGAGAAGUUUAUGUUUACUGCAUGUAUAGCUUUCGACAUGGAUUUAAACCAAGAUUUUGAAGCUUUAGAAAGUAACUGUGGAAAGCUACAUACACAAGGCUUGGUAGUUAUUUUCUUAAAGACAACAUGGAUGAAAACAACCCUGGAAAACUUCUUGGACCAAGCUAUUCUCUGUCAGUUUGUGGGAAGUAAAAUAACUAUUUUUUUUUGUUAUGGUUGCUUACUUGACCCAAAUUCUUAAAUCAAAAAUGCCUUCUUCGUAAAAUUUAUGUAACUUAUUGUUAAUAUUGGAUUGUUGGGUGAAAUCCAAAAGGAUAAGCCUGAAUUUUAAUAAUAAAAGUUGUAUAUUUUUAGAAAUACUAAUUUCGUAAACCGAACUAUGAUAUGCAGUGCCUUGAUUGAUGAAAAGAUUGUUAGAUAUUUUUGUUAGCUUUAAAUAAUAUAUUAUUAUGUUUUCUUAUAAAAACGAUAAAAAAACAAUGUGUCUUAGCAUUUUUAUAAUUUAAAUAUCAUGUAUUUAUACCAAAUGUUAAAACAGAUUUGAACCAUUUUUUGUAGUAAAUAAGAUAGAAUAAUUUUAGAUCAUAUGUUAUUUGAUUUUGUGCAAUUGUGUUUUUACUAAUGAUAUAAGGGUUUACAGGAGAAUACUCAAAACGUUUUAUGCAUACUUAUAUUCUUAAAUAAUAUUGACAUAGAUUUAAAGGGAAGGAGAUAACUUCCCGAAGAGGUAAACAAAUAAUUAAAUAUAUUGUACAUACAAUUUUACAUACAUAUAAACAAUUAUCUAUGUUUUAUUACUAACAAUAUGAUAAGACGUCUGCACAUUUUGUUGCAUAUAUAAAUCUCUAUUGUUUGUAGAUCAUAGGUUGAAAGGAAAAUGCCACUGAACAGAUUUCUUUAUGUUUAAAGGGACAUUAGCCUACAUUGAAUAAAUGGCUGUGUUGAAAUUAUUGUUAAUUGAAAUUCUAUAUUUGUUUUGAUUUUAUUAUUUCAACACAGUUUUAAACUAAGGGCUUAAUUUCUACCUUUAAGCGUUAAGGAAUUUGUAGAAAUCAGUUUACAUCAGUGGUACUUAACUGCUUACAGAGACUUCACAAAAUAAGUAGUAAGCAUAAAAAAGAUAUUUGGUAAUUGAAACAUAUAUGUUAAACUCAGGGUGAUAGCUACCUUAUUCUGUAUAGCAUAUAAUCAAAACCAUAUUAUAUAUUUCAAUAAUUGACCUUAGUCUAAUUAAAAAUUUUGUACUUAAAAAAUAGAUUUCCAGCAUUAUGUUCUUUGCAGGAGUGCCAAAUUUUUGUACUGUACUGUCCAUUGGAAUUUGUGCCAUGCAAUCAUUUAUAGUCAGUUUACAAUAUAUUUGUAGAACAAGAAACUGGGUUAAAUUCAUCAACUCUAGAUGUAACACAACAAACUUAAUGAUUUUGAUGUUUUGGGAUGUUUGCACUUUAUGAUUUUAAAAAUUUGAAAAUAGGGGAGUAAUAAAUCUCAUCCCAAAAAGCAAUGUGUACUGUAGGUUAACUAUGAUACAGACACUUAAUUUCCACUCAAAAAUACUUUAUCUAUCUUUAAAGAUGAGUUUAAAACCAACUUUUUGUUAAAUUUGUGAAGAAUCUUGGUAAGUGUUGUGCAAAGUUAAAACCAAAUGUGCAUUUAAACAUACAGUUAGUUAAAGAAAAUGUUAUAAUCUUUAGAUGAUAUAAUAUUUUUGUUGAUGUGUUGUACCUGUUGUUGCCUGAAUAAAAUAUAUUACUUGUU